AUGAAACAUUAAUCUUUAAAAAGAAGUAAUUAUGUAUAUUUAAUGAUAGACCAUUAGUAAAUUAGUUUUUGAAGGAAAUGUCAAAAUAUUACGAAAUACUUAUUUUUACUAGUAACAUAGGAAGAUUAUGCAGAUUUCAUAUUGGAUCAAAUAGAUAAAGAAAAUAUAAUAGGAUAUAGAUUAUAUUGUUAAUACAAAAAUGAUACAUAUAGUUUAAAUAUUGAUAAGAUUCAUCGAGAUCUAUAGAAGACUAUAAUUAUUGAUGAUUUAAGCAAGAAGUUUAAGUUUCAGCCAGAUGAAAUUUAGAUAACAUGUUAGUAUCCAGAUUUGGAUGAAUAGCUUUGCUUUUUCUUUAUCCUUUAUUUGAUAUAAAUAAUAGGAAAAAAGAUUCAAGAUUUAAGUUUAGUUUCAAGAAAGUUUAAUUAUUAAUUGUAAAUUAUCACCAUCAAAGAUAUUAAUUCAGAUUUUCAGCUUUGCUUAAUAUUUGAUUGA